CGAAGCCGGGGUCUGAAAAUUUUUGAACAGUCAGACUUCUCCUACAUUGAUGGCGACUCUCUCUCCUCAGAUCUCGGCGGUCUGCCUCCGACGACGGCUGUGUGAGUGUGGCGUCCUUAAUCUCGGUGAAACGACGUCACUCUACGGACCGAAGAGUGGUACAGAGCGACGUCGUUUCACCAUAGACUAUGGUGAUAGCGCCGGCGGCGAAGAUCCGAUCGGCUUCGAGACCCUGAAUUCCGAUGGGUACUCUUCAAUUAUACUGUACUGUCUUCAAUUUUGCGGUUUGUUUUCUGGGCAUUUCCCGAAACGGGGAACUAUAGUGCUAGUUUUCUGAAUUACAGGGCCAAACUUUAUUUUUUAUUUAUAUAUUUUUUUUGAGAAUAAUUGAUUCCAUCUCCUAGUUGACUUUGGAUUAGUGUUUCUAUAUAUUCCUAUUUAAAUUUGGUUUCCUAGACCUAGUUGGAUACAAAUCUCUAAUAUAAAGCUUGCCGGAAUCAAAUAUUGCUAAGGAGAUGAAGAUGAAGUCAAUAAGGAGAGACCGUCUUCGAAAGAUUGAGGAAGACGCUCAAAGACUGUGGGAAGAGAAGCAAGUUUUCAGGGCUGAACCCCGUGAAAAUCCUCCCCAACCAGGAGAGAAGUUUUUCGGAAAUUUCCCUUUCCCGUACAUGAAUGGUUUCCUUCAUCUGGGACAUGCAUUCACCAUCUCCAAGCUUGAGUUUGCUGCCGCUUAUCAUAGGUUAAGAGGUGUCAAUGUGCUCUUACCAUUUGCUUUCCAUUGCACCGGAAUGCCCAUCAAAGCUGCCGCCGAUAAACUUGCAAGAGAGCUCCAACAGUUUGGCUACCCUCCAGUAUUUCCCAUUGAUGUGAAGCAAGAUAAAAUUGCAGCCAAAGCAAAAGCCGAAGCUGGAGCAGAGAAAAAACAUAAGGGAAAGAAGGCCAAGGCUGCAGCAAAGUUCGCCGGACAAGUCUUCCAAUGGGAAAUUAUGCGUGAUGGUUUCGGAUUGUCUGACAGUGAGAUAUCCGAGUUCCAGGACCCGGAAAAGUGGUUGAAGUUUUUCCCACCACGUGGGGUGGAAGACCUGAAAGCUUUUGGGUUGGGAUGUGAUUGGAGACGUUCCUUUAUUACUACAGACAUGAACCCUUUCUUUGACAACUUUGUGAAAUGGCAGGUUAGGAAGCUCAAAUCCAAGGGUAAGAUUGUGAAAGAUGUCCGGUACACUAUAUUCUCCCCAUUCGAUGGGCAGCCGUGUGCAGAUCAUGAUAGGGCAAGAGGAGAAGGAGUUCAGCCACAAGAAUACAUUGUCAUCAAAAUGGAGGUAGUAGCACCUUUACCCUCAAAAUUUGGAUCAGUGUUGAAAGGGAGGAAGGUAUUCCUAGCAGCAGCAACGUUGAGACCCGAGACCAUGUAUGGACAAACAAAUGCAUGGGUAUUACCCGAUGCUAAGUAUGGAGCCUUUGAGAUCAACGAUACAGAUGUCUUUAUUCUUACACAUAGAGCAGCACUUAAUCUUGCUUAUCAGAAGUACUCUAGGGUCCCAGAGAAACCUACUUGCUUGGUCAAACUGACUGGUUAUGAUUUGAUUGGCCUUCCAUUGAAGUCACCACUUGCAUUCAGUCAUAUCAUUUAUGCCCUUCCUAUGUUGACCAUCCCAACUGACAAAGGCACGGGGAUAGUGACCAGCGUACCUAGUGAUGCUCCUGAUGAUUAUAUGGCUCUGCAUAAUUUAAAGUCAAAAUCUGCUUUGAGGGAAAAAUAUGGUGUGAAGGAAGAAUGGGUGAUGCCGUUUGAGGUUAUCCCAAUCAUCAAAGAAGGAACACUGACCGUGGGAGAAUUCGUAGGAAGGGAAGUGCAGGAGGCGAAACCCUUAAUAAAAAGGAAGCUGAUAGAGGCGGGAGAAGGAAUUAUAUAUUAUGAACCUGAGGAGCAAGUUGUGUCCCGGUCGGGUGAUGAAUGUGUUGUGGCACUUACAGAUCAGUGGUACAUCACAUAUGGGGAAACUGAAUGGAAAAAGAUGGCUGAAGAGUGCUUGUCCGGCAUGAGCUUAUAUUCCGAUGAGACUCGGCAUGGAUUUGAGCACACUAUAGGGUGGUUGAAUCAGUGGGCUUGUUCACGAUCUUUUGGACUUGGGACUCGUAUCCCCUGGGAUGAAGAAUUCUUAGUUGAGUCACUGUCUGAUUCAACUAUUUACAUGGCUUAUUACACCAUUGCUCAUUUCUUACACAAUGGAGAUAUGUAUGGUGCCAGCAGGUCAGAAGUUAAACCUGAGCAAAUGACUGAUGACGUCUGGGAUUUUAUUUUCUGUGAUGGCCCAUAUCCCAAGUCUUCUGACAUCUCAUCAUCAAUUCUUAAGAAAAUGAAGAAAGAGUUUGAAUAUUGGUAUCCUUUUGAUCUACGAGUGUCAGGCAAGGAUUUGAUCCAAAACCAUCUAGCCUUCUGCAUAUACAACCACACGGCUAUUAUGACUUCCAACAAGUACUGGCCUCGUGGGUUCAGAUGUAAUGGGCACCUCUUGCUAAAUGGUGAGAAGAUGUCCAAGUCUACAGGGAACUUUAGGACCCUUCGCCAGGCAAUUGAGGAAUUUUCUGCUGAUGCCACUCGGUUCUCUUUGGCUGAUGCCGGAGAUGGUGUGGAUGAUGCAAAUUUUGUAUUUGUGACUGCCAAUGCUGCAAUCUUGCGGCUCACUAAAGAGAUUGCAUGGAUUGAACAAGUUUUGGCUUCAGACUCUUGUUUGAGAACAGGUCCCCCAUCUACUUAUGCUGACAGGGUCUUUGCUAAUGAGAUAAACAUUGCUGUACACAGGACUGAGCUGAAUUACCGAGAUUACAUGUUCCGAGAAGCCCUCAAGACUGGGUUUUAUGACCUUCAAGCAGCCAGGGAUGAGUACAAGUUUUCGUGCGGUGCUGGGGGCAUGAACCGUGAUUUGGUAUGGCGUUUUGUGGAUGUGCAGACGCGUCUUAUUACUCCAAUCUGCCCACACUAUGCAGAAUAUGUGUGGAGGGAACUUUUGAACAAGGAAGGGUUUGUGGUAAAUGCAGGAUGGCCUGUUGCUGAUGCUUCAGACUUAACCCUCCAGAGUGCCAAUAAGUAUUUGCAAGACUUCAUUGUUUUGAUGAGGAAGCUUUUUCACAAGCAAGUUUCAGGUUCAAAUAAAGGCCAUAAGGGUACUCCAGUUACAUUGAUCACUGGAGAGAACAAGCUAACCGGCUUGGUAUAUGUUAAUGAGCAUUUUGAUGGGUGGAAGGCAGAGUGCUUGAAAAUACUUCAAAUUCACUUUAACAGUGACACUCGUACAUUUUCUUCUGACAAGCUGAUACAGGAGGCGCUUCAAAACAGUUCUAUUGGUCACUCUAAAGAUUUUCGAGAAACCCUGAAGUUGUGUAUGCCUUUCAUAAGGUCAAAGAUGGAUGAAGCAAUUGUGAUUGGGCCUUGUGCCUUGGACUUAACGUUGUCAUUUGGAGAGAUUGAGGUCCUUCAUGAGAACUUGGACUUGAUCAAGAGGCAAAUCGGUCUUCAAGAGUUGCAUGUUUUGUCCUUUGCCAACCCUGAUGCUCGGGCUUUAGCUGGUCCUCAUGUCAAGCAGAUAGAUCGGAAUCCUCCAUUUCCUGGGAGCCCCACUGCCAUCUUCUUGACUUAUUAGCUGAUUAAUUUUGUUGAUAUAUAUCUGCAAUCUCUCAUUAUUUUUGUAGUUAUUUGGUCUGUAAUCCAAACUUUCGAAUAUUAAUAUAUUAUUUUAUAUAUAAAGCGUCAAUGUUACUGUUACACUGUUCCUGAGAGUCUGGAAAAGUCGUUUCUGUCCUUGCUCUUCUCUGUGUUGGAUAGGUAAAACGAUCGGGUUGGAAUUGGGUGGCUUACAUCAACAUCAACAAAAGCGAAAGAAGAGAGGAGAGAGAAAAGAGGAAUAGAAGAGACGAUUUGAAGAUUUUGGUCGACUUUCGGAGGACGGUUUGGGUUGAGGAAGGUUUCAAUAGAAGAAGAGAGGAAGAGAGAAGGCGAAACAAAAAAGAGAGAGAGGAGAACGGGAAAGAAGGAAAAGAAGAAGAAGAAGAGAGAGACGGAUGUCAGAUUAGUUUUUUUGUCGUUUGCAGCCUCUGUAAAGGUUCAGAGAGCAAAGGACAAAUCAAUUUACGUUUGUUUUGGACAAGGUGUGGACUGUUGAUAGAAGUUGAGUCUCACUUUUGGCAUUUCUCUAUCAGAUAACAUCUAUCAAUGGAAACCGGGAACUAGGAGUAUAACACUCACUGUAUUUUCUCAAUUGAUGCGAUUCUCUAAGAUUCUCAACUAGGAGCGGUUUGUGCUUCAGUCUAAGGCAAUGAGAAUGAGUCUCAGAUUAGGUGGAAGUUUGAAGGUUCAAGACUUGAAUGCCAUAAUGCGCAUCUUUGGGAUGCUGAAAACAUGACAUGAUCUUUCCCAGCAAAGGGCGACAAGUUGUUGGCGUCGCAAAAUGCAGAGAGCCAUCAGAGAGGAAGGGUGAAAAGGGGAGCGAAAGAGUAAAGAGUUGAGGAAAGGUGAUGGGCGUUAUCAUUCAUCUACCCAUAAAAGGUGUGCUUCUUCAGACAGUUUUUCAGGUCAGUUACUAUGAGUACCUGACUCUGAGGCAUGGUUUUAUCUCGGCACAUAUAGCACCUGAGAUAAUUUAUUCUCAUGCUAAUGGGUGAGAGAAGAGGAUUUGGCAAAGGACUGGAAACUGCACUCGAAGCAUCUUCGUUGUACUUUACAAUUUUCUGAGGAGGUUAAACUGGUCACCCGAGACCCAUAGGAAGGCAUAGAUGGACGGGAAGAUAUGAAGCUCAUUUAUGGAACAAAGGGUCUUGGAAUCCAACAUGAAGGAAGAAGGGAAAACAGAGGCUUAUUACGAAUAAGAAUCCACAGCAAAAGCAUAUGAGUUAGCAGCACUCAAGUAGUGGGGAACAUCAACUUUUACAAAUUUUCCAAUGUCGGAUUUAUGAGAAUGAAAUUGAUCUGUUGAACACUAACAAAAAGAAGAGUACUUGGCCUCUCUAAGAAGCGAUUUAUUCAUCUUCAAAUUAGUAAGCAGUUGAGCAGCCUACCUUAACUAUUGUAAAAAUUUCAAGAGAUGAAUUUGAUCUAUCUAUUUACUAAUUGUUUGAUA